UUUGAUAUCUGACCUGAGGAAGGAGGGAAUGAAGCUGCACGCUCGCUCUUAUUGCAGCGUGUGUGUGUAAAGUAGAGUCUCAUUAGGGAGUUUCAUGUGAUAGAUUUCGCAGUACGGAAAAUAGGGAUGAUAAAGAAAAUGAAAGACGGAGGGAGCAGGAGGAAAUCCAGAGAAGAGGGGACUGGGGAUAUUGUAAUUAGUUGCACCUGUUUCCUUUAACCCGGCUCCAGUUUCCCUCUACAAACGCAUGCAGAUUACCCAUCAAAGCCCUCUGCUGCCUCUGCUCAAUGGAACCUUUGUUGCCAGUUGUCAGGGAGGCGGCCCACAGAAGUAACACAAGCAGGCCCACUGCUCUGGAACUUACAGUACAUGCACCGGACACAACAACACCGGGGAGUGUGUAGAGUCUGCAUCACCACGUUCUGCCUGUCAGACAACAACAACAACAACAACAACAACAACAACAACAACAACAACUUCAUCCUGUGUCAACACAACUGGGCGGUGUUAGCCGAGAAAAUGCCCAUGCUCCACUCUGCCAGCGCCACCAAGAGCAAGAGAGACGAGAGAGAGUCUCCACCAAGGUCAAACUACAACACAGCAAUCUAAUUAAGACCAUCACACAGGUUCCUGUGCGGGCUCAGCCUCAUAUU